AUGCCGUUGAAGUUAAAUUUUAAGCGCACACAUAGAUAUAACGUUGCAGCUAAAGAUCUGCAUGUUAUAAGAAUAUAUACACUUGAUAACACAUGCGUUGAGUAUACUGUAUCUUCAAGCACUACUGGUCGGGAUGCUUUAGAAUAUGUUGCUCAGAGACUAGAUAUAGAAGAUAUUUACUUUUUUGGAUUCACUUAUGAGGACUGGGCUGGAGAACAAAAGUGUUUGUUUCUUAAUAAAUCGAUUAAAAAGCAACUGGACAAAUAUGCCCGUCAACAUGCACUAACUCUUACUGUCAUGCUUUUUAUUGAUAAUCCACAGUUUUUGCCUGAUCCACAGAUAAGACGUUGGUUUUACCUUCAGCUCAGGAGGAAUGUUGCUAUGGGUCUUCUUCCUGUUACGUUAAAAUUAGCAAUAAAACUUCAAGCAUAUAGUCUUCAAGCUGAGUUUGGAGAUUUUGUGGACAUCGAAACUACACUUUCAAACUGGAGAGAAAGAAACUCACACUCGGAAACUUCUGUUGUUGGUGCCUUUGAUUUGUCAACAACGGAAUAUGUUGACGACAUAGUUUGGGGUUAUUCUCAUCUACAAGGAGUUUCUCAAGACAAUGCAAUAUGGUAUUUUCUAGAUGAAAUCAGACAUAAUCCUCUCUAUGGUGUUCGAACGUUUAGUGGUAUGACAUGUAGUAAUGAAGUUGCGGAACUUGGUGUUUCACGUAAUGGUAUUAAUAUUACUACGUUUGAGCCUCAAAGACAAACAAUCGCUAACUUAAAAUGGGAACAUAUUAAAGACCUUACGUAUACUCGUAAGACAUUUACUAUUCAACUGUUAAAAAGGGGAAAGUCCGUUCAUUUCAUAUUUGAGGAUUAUGAAAGCGCGCGUUAUCUAUGGCAGUUUUGUAUUCAGAUGCACAGUAGUUAUAUUGAUUAUUGGACACAUGUAAAAUCGGUCCCACCACAACCGGCAGUUCAUAUCUCGGAACCUCCAGAUAUACUAAGAGGUACAGAACUACGCUGUACUUAUUCUGGUUCACCGGUAUUAAAUGAUUUUGCUGCAGAGUUAUCGACCUCUGAACAACCAAGUCAGCAAUACACUAAGUACGAUGUCGAACCAGUCAAUGAUGAAUCGCAAAGAAUACAACAAAAUAAUGCGGAUCCACAACACUCAGGUGGAUUAAUUAAUCCUUGCAAAUUAAUAGAUCCGUUUAAAAUUGAGUCGAAUACUACAGCCCUGACUAGUGAUAACAAGACUUUCAGGAUUAAUCCUUCUCCAAGAAGGCCUAGUGAAGCUACCUGCAUGGUUUCAUGUAAUUCAAACUUCAUUCAGAAUACUUUUGUUAGUAAAGUGACGACUACAAACGCAGAUUUUAAAGAACAAAAUGCAGAUAGUGAGUCUGGAACUCUUGUUGGUCACUGGAGUCUUAAAAGCGGUGCUGGAACUUUGGAUUCCCAACUCUUAAACAAAGGCUGUGUGACAUGUCUUCCUGGACGUGAGUGUCUAAAGCCAACUGGAUGGUUCCUUUCCAAAAGUGGAGUAGCAAACACAACUUCUGCGGUGUCAAAAGAAUCGAAAAUCACUUUCAGUGAUCAACAGUCUUCUAAAACAUGUAGUUCUUUGGCACCUCUUACCAAUAAAGAAAUGCAGAUUAAUCAUGAAGAUUCUUCUUUUGUCCAAAAUAAACAACAUAACACAAGUGAAAUAACUGAAGAACAUAAAAUUACUAAGAGUCAUCGUUCACAUAAACGUCGUCAAACAAAACGUCAUCACCAAGAACAAAUCAAACCAAACAUAGCUAUUACAAGUGAGAUGACGAACAGACAUGAAAAUACAAACUGCUGUGAACCUCUUAGCCCACUUCACUUAUCAACAGUGGACGUUGUAUUAAGUAAAAAAGAGGUGUGUCCUGAACAAUCAUCUCCUUCAUCUCUAGCCUCCUCUGAUAGCUCUUCGGAACAUGUGUUGGUUUCCCCAAGAGCAUCAUUCUCCUCUUCCUCUUCAAGUUGUACAGCCAGUAUUAAGAAAAUUGAUCUUGUUCAUGCUGCACAACAUCAAUCAUGCAGUUCAUCAACUUCAAGUAGUUCGAGCAAUUCUAUCACGCAAGCUGAUUUCGAAGCAAACGAAGCCAGAAAAACGUCAUUUGGUUUCGCAGCCUCUCUAUGUACUUCUGCUAACAACGUUACUUUUAAAAGUCCAUCAAAGUCAAAUACACGUGGGUUAAGUUCAGGUUCAGGUCCUACAUUCCCAAGCGGUCGAAAAUUAUGGCAUGAGUUAAUUCAUUCAAAUAGUGGUGGAAUUCUGCCAUUACUGAGUGGGUUAAGCCAACGACAUUACAGACCUCAGUCUCAAAUGAAACGGUUCAAAGCCUCACCUUCGAUAGCUCCGGAAGCCAUUGUUCAGAAGCCUGAUUUUCAAGCUGUAACUACUAGUUAUAUACAAAACCGUCAUAAUUCUAAAAAAACUGUUGAUGGAUUAUCAACACAUAUCCAUAAAUCAAGCACACAGUUAAGUCCAUCAAAUAAUCCGCUUCAGGAGUUUCAACGUUGGUUUUCAUCUGCCAAACAUCGCAUUCCAUUUGGAUGGACAAGCAAUGCUACUAGUCGAGGAACCGCAAUGAAUAUUUCAGCUCCUCUUCCUUAUCAAACAUCCGGAAAUUGCUAUGAAAGCCACGUCACUAGAUCUGAAAAGGAACAAUGCUUAGAUGUUACAUCUAUUCCUGUAUCAUCCACAGCACAUCAAAAUAUAAAUAACCAGUCAACAUCGAAGACUGGACGUCUUGAACGAUCUGCCAGUGAAUCCUAUUCACGUUCAGUCAGUUCCAGCUUGAAUAACUCUAGGACUAUUGUUCUGGUGAAUUUAGAACGAUCUAGCAUAGAUGAUGCAAAUCCACAAAAACUGAAAUCUUCAACAAAGGAUUCAAAGAAUACAACUGUAAAUGAGACGAAGAUAUUGACACCAACAAUUCAUUUACUUCCACCCAGUCCUACAAGAUCAUCUUUUAAGAUUAGCGGCAAUAAAGAAAUAAAUGUUGUUAAAGGCGAUUUACAUGAUAGUAAGGUUCUUUUAACAUCAUGUUCCAAUUUUAAUUCAAAACCAGAAUCAAAUAACAGUGAGAAAAAACAUCCUGAAGAUAAUGAGAUAUAUAAUAAGUAUAACGUGAAUAAAGUUAAUUUGAUUUCUGAACCGAAAAAUAAUUUCUUGUCCAACUUACAAUCGAGGAAUUUUACGAGGCCAUUAAAUCAAUCAACUCAACAAGAACAGGGGAACUUUCGUACUUCUUCCUCUUUCUCUUGGCGGCUAUUUCCAUGUCCUCUUACGUUAAACGAAGCUAAUCGUUUGGCUGUCACUCCACCAAGAAAGUUUAUUAAUUCCGUAUCAGAUAACUGUUGCUCAUCACCUACCGAAUUCCAUCCUAAUAGACCAAUGUAUAACGUGUCAGGAUAUCAACACUCAAAUUUCAAUCAUGGUCCACGCGUUAAUCUUGAUAUAUCUCAUACAACAAUUACUGAAGCUACAUUUAGAGAAGAGAUGGAUGGAAAGCGUCAGAUCAUAAAAAAUACCUUGAAUGAUAAUAUGUGCCAGAGACACUUUUCCACAACACCAACUACACCAGUCAGUCGACCUAAUCUCUUAUGGAAGGAAGCAUCUGACCAACCAUGCGAUCAUGGCAGUUCUCGAGAACUAGCUCACUCAUUACGUGAACAAGAUGAAUGUGAUAACAAUAAACAAACUAAUGUGGAUGUGAAAGGACCAGUAAGUAGCUCAACAAACGUUAAUAGAGAAUGCAGCUCAGUAAUUAAUACGUGGUCUUCUAAUAAUCAACUGAAAAGUAAAUCUGUGGUUGAUGAUGAAAACUGUAUACUUGAUACUAUGGAAAAUAGUCAAGAACUCGAAAAUAAACCAUCAAGCAACACUUUGUUAACAACAUCUAGCUCGUCAGAUCAAUGCAGUAUACCACGUCCAUCAUCUGGCACCAUGCAUCUACUUACAAACUCUGAUAUUCAUCAAUUAUUGAGUCUAACUAAUUUGAAGGAAACUGAACUUGCUCAUCGUUUGCUUGCUGAAUAUCGUCAAGCUUUACUUCAACAACAGUGUUUACAUACAAAUAGUGUUAGUACACCUAAUUUGACUGCAAGUCAAGAGUUACAAGUGUUGUCUUCGUCAAAUGCAGCAGAAGAUAUAGAAGGUCAAGGAGAUCAGAUAAAUACUUCAGCUCCAGAAAAACCCAGAUACAAAGCUUUUAACAAACGGUCUGAUGAGUCCAGACAAACUUCAAAAAAGAGUCACGGAACAAAUCAUAUUUCUUCUGAUUCAAUGCGCAAUCCAUCUGAAGUAUCGCACAGCAGCCAAACAGCCUUGAGAUUAAAAGUUCGAUGUAAUCGUAAUAUUGAAAUUCAGUCAAUUGAUUCACCAGAUUAUGUAAAUGCAGCCGCAUUUAGAAAUGAUAGACGCCACACGAAUGAGAGACCGCUAAGUUUAGCAAGUUCAACAGAUAUUGACUCGAAUGCAACAUUUCGUGUACUGUCAAGUUUUGAAAUGCGUACAAGCAGUGGUGGUAACUAUUCCACUGGUAAUCUUAUACUUACGAAUUGUAGUAUAGGAAGUGAAGAAGCAACUAUGGGUUUAUCAGUAGAUCUGACAAAUCCUGAUAGCCAACCUGGUGUAGAAUCUAUGACAAGUCAUUCAUCUAAUAAAUCUUGGGAUCAAGAACAAAAGUCAAUAACAGAAGGAAAUCACCUUCAAGACCAUAAAGAUAACAACUCCAAUACAGAAGUUUGUCUACACGAGGAUUUAACUUGUACAGAUGUAGAUAAAUUGAAUAUUUAUGGUCAGCCUCCUGAUUUAUGCAUGACACAAAAAGGAACUUCAUUUUCAAUUAAAGAAUAUUUAAAUAAACCGCGUUCUAAAGUUCAAUGUAAUCAUCUUAACUCACAAAGACGUCAUGCUAUCGGAGAGUAUGAAAAUCUUGAAGCGAUAUCUUGUGAAAAGAACAAGAAAAAUUAUUUACCAGAUUAUCUGUGCAGAUCUACACAUGAACAUCAUGAUGGUAAUCACUGCAUAUCACACGAUUCUCAGCCACAAAGGACAUUGAGCAAAAAUGUGAUUUCAUCUUGUAAUACUCCUCCAGAAUCGUUAACAACAUUGACCCGCUCAGGUGAAUCUACAUCUCCUUCACCAUCAACUUAUUCAGAAUCGUCAUCUACACUAUCUUCAUCUUCACCUUAUUCAGAUUUAGGAUGUAUCGAUUCAAUUAAAAGAGUUUCAUUACGAAAACAUUCAGCUGGCAAAACACCCUUCAACACAAGAAACGAGGUACAACACUCUUUACCAUGGCGUCAAUUAUGCUACUUAGAAGGGGGAACAAAGUUUAAGAGGAAUCACAGAAAAGAUGAGAAGUAUUACCAAAUGUUUUCAACUGUUAUUACUCCGCGCUUUAAAAAGCGCAUUAAAUAUUGCAAUUGUAGCUGUCAUAAAUCAGUUGAAUACCUUAAAAUCAAUAAACCCAACUCAUCUCGAACAGAAACCAACGAUUUGAGUCUGAUAGAUGUAUCAAAUCCUUCUGGAUAUAGACGUAUAAAACAGAAAGCUCACUCUUUUGAACCGUUUUCCAAAAUUACUAAUGCUAAGCCAUCCGAACAUCAUUAUACUUCUGUUUGCUUUGAAGAUGUAAGUAAAGGUGUAGUUCCCAGUGAAAGUGCCUCAAGUAAUAUUCAAGAAUAUCAACGGAAGCAUAUCAAAUCGUCAAACCGCAAAUCACAUCAUAUUAUUGCGUCAAAUAUACCAGUCAGCGUAAAUCGUAGUAAUUACCCACCUUGUUGUUAUUGUGAACAAAUGGAUUACCAUUCACAUAAUGAUGUGAGCGAUUCUAUGAAUACAUCACCAACAGAUAGUCCUUGUCUAUCAUCUGCAUCCUCUUACUCAUUCUCUACUUCUUCCUUAGAUGUUCAACCAAUGUUUGACUGUCCACAUCACUUCCAUAUACCCAGCUAUACGUCUGUUGUAAUUGGACAUAAAAGUGGACGUAAUCAUCGAAGUGGUAGUUUAGAGCCCAGUAGCAUUAUUCACCGAUCUAUACCGCGUAAACCAAAACCCAGAAAUUUUACUAAGUCUUCAAAGCGCCGACUAUCUGUAAGAAAAGAAUAUCAUAAUGGUAACAGCCAAAGUACAAACUCAGUUGGUUUACAUUAUUCAGAAAAUUACAAACGUGAACAUUGCAGUUGUUGUGAAUUCCAUGAGUCUCCUACAAAACGGGAUUUGCUAGAACAAUAUAACCGAAAUAACAAUAAUAGUAGUAACACUAACAGUAUUAAUGAUAAUAAGACCAUCAAUAAUAAGUCAGUGAAUUUAUUCUUUCGUUUACCGUUUACGAACGGUUAUCAUGAUAAUGAUUCAUCCAAAUAUUCACGACAUUUUGAUCAUGGUUUAAAGAAUGAUGAGAAACCGCCUAUAAUUGUAAAGCGGAAAUUUAAUGGACUAAAUAAUGGUAAUAAUAUCAAUUGUCAGCAUACACACCGAGGCGAAUAUUACUCUACAAAAGAAAAGAAUUUAACCGAUACACCAUUUAUUCAAAAAGGUAUAAAUAAUAAUGAUGAUACUGUCGCUACUACUACUACAUCUACUACUACUAUUACUAAUAACAAUAAUAACAAUAAUACCUAUUCGUGUAAUCAUCAGAACAGAUCUGCACAAAACUUUGAAAAUGAAGGUUCUUUUAAACCACCGAGGCCAAAAGAUUUGAAGGUGUUUUCACGAAACCAAAAUUUCAGUCCUGUUGACUUCACAAAAUAUCGAUCAUCUUCCGGUAAAAGGAUUUCAUUUUUCAAAAAGAAAAUUCCAAGUGAGUCACAGAUUAUGGCACAUGAUCAACUUCAGGAAAUGAAUAAGUCUACGGAAAAGGAAGCCAUUCAGUGCAGUUGGACAGAAAAAGGAAACUUACCUACACCAAAUGCAUCAAUCCACACACCUCUCCCUUCACCUGAUUUACUUUGUAGACCUAAUGCGAAAAACAACGGUUAUGCUGUAGGAAGCCUUCGACCAUCCAAAGUAUCAGAUUACCGUCGUGAAAAUUUGAUCAAGUUAGAUGACUCUGCAUAUUCGAACAAAUUACUUUAUCAUGAAUGUUACCAGGAACAUGAAAACCAUAGAAAAAACGGGCCUAAGUUUAGUCCAUUAAGUGAACCCUGUCAAGUAGAAGAACCUCAAGAAUCGGGACAGAACACUUUUGUCAAGCCUUCAGCCAAAACAAUAAAACAGAAAUUAUCCCCAACAAACGACUUAUCGCCAACACAUGCAUUAGUUUACACAGCAUCGCAACAGAUCACAGUUGCAUUUAAAAUGACAAUAAAAUCAACAGAAUGA